AUGUCAACCAAAACAGACCGUCAGCAGGUAUUGGGUGUUCUAGAAGACAAUUACACGUCUGAUUUGUCAAUUCAUUUAUAUUCAACCUUCUUGCUAAGACGAAUAAAUCCAAACUUUCCCAGACAUUCCUGGAGCUACUGGCCGCUAAGGUUCGCUGAUGUGCCCAUUCCACAAGACGAUUUUGAAGAUGACAUAGUUAAUGGGUAUGAGAAAGACAUAGAUGAUGAUGUUUCAGCACUUAAACGCAGAGUGAGCAACCGGAAGAGCAGAGCAGAAGAGGCAACUUCCUUGGAAGAUAGUACAAAAGAGGAUGAGGACACCACGAUCUACAAUGCUGAUGUUGAGUCUGAGAGUGAACAGGAUGAGGAUGACAACAAUAAUGAGUUUGAAAAUGAAGACGAGAAUUUAAAGAGACUUUUGCUGAGACCUAUCACUGAGAUAACGUACUUGGAACGCACCCCCAACUCCAAGAAGUUACUAGUUAAUUCGCUAUCGUCGAUAAUCCAACAUAAAAUACAUGCAAGAAUAAAGGAGCUGAAUAUUUCUAAAAACAACUUAGCAAUUACGGAUGACAUGGCAUCGAAUCCCGCUUUAGUGCCAUUAACUACCCAACUUGCAAAUCGUUUUAAUUUUUUGAUUGACAAUUUGACAAGGAGUAAGACUUCUAAAAAAACGAUCAACUGGAAGGAUAUUCUAUGUACAGCAGUAAGGGGUGAAAUUGGUCCACACUCUAAUAUAAAUGCAAAGAGCUACGAAGAAUUGUAUAACAAAUGUGAGAAGUUGUUUAGCACCAUGCGUUAUAAUUACGAGUUUGAAAGCGAACUCGAGUGCGAGGAUGAUAUCAGGACAGAAGACGGGGGGUUUAACGUACAUGAGUAUUUGAAGACAUUAUCGAAUAGUGUCCAGGCGUCCGGUCAAAUCUCUUACAAAGAUUUGGUGUCCCGAUAUCCUAAUGACUUCUCUCAAAGAGAAAAAGAGGAGGCCAGAUUCAAACACAAUUUUUUCAAACUUUUGGGAAUCCAAGACCAAUCUUUAGAUAUCUCAUGCAGCAAGACGAAAAGAGAACCAGAGAAAAAACGUAGAAAAGUAUUGGUGGUAGAACCAAAGGUAGAAGAUUUGAAUGAAGUGAAAGAAGAAAUUCUUGGUUCAGUGGAAUUAGAUGAGAAUUCAUAUAUGCUAAAUUUAUAG